CCCUAGCUGGCCCGGGUGCUGCUGAGUCCCCAAGCCGCGCAGUCGGACUCCAACGGGCUCCCGGGAUGGCGUCCCCCCGGGAACUGACUCAGAACCCCUUAAAGAAGAUCUGGAUGCCUUACAGCAAUGGGCGGCCCGCCAUGCACGCCUGCCCGCGCGGUGUCUGUAUGACCAACUGUCCCACGCUCAUUGUCAUGGUGGGCCUGCCUGCCCGGGGCAAGACCUACAUCUCUAAGAAGCUCACUCGCUAUCUGAACUGGAUUGGUGUGCCCACAAGGGAAUUCAACGUGGGCCAGUACCGCCGGGACAUGGUCAAGACCUACAAAUCUUUUGAAUUUUUUCUCCCAGACAAUGAAGAGGGCUUGAAAAUUCGGAAGCAGUGUGCUCUGGCAGCCCUCUGUGAUGUCCGGCGGUUCCUUAGUGAGGAGGGAGGACAUGUGGCGGUUUUUGAUGCAACAAAUACCACCCGUGAACGGAGAGCAACCAUCUUUAAUUUUGGAGAACAGAAUGGAUACAAGACUUUCUUUGUUGAGUCCAUCUGUGUGGAUCCGGAGGUCAUAGCUGCCAACAUCGUGCAAGUGAAGCUAGGAAGCCCUGACUAUGUCAACCGUGACAGUGACGAGGCCACUGAGGAUUUCAUGCGGCGUAUUGAGUGUUACGAGAACUCAUAUGAGUCGCUGGAUGAGGACUUGGACAGGGACCUGUCCUACAUCAAGAUCAUGGACGUGGGGCAGAGCUACGUGGUGAACCGGGUGGCUGACCACAUCCAGAGCCGCAUCGUGUAUUACCUCAUGAACAUUCAUGUGACUCCCCGGUCCAUCUACCUCUGUCGUCAUGGGGAGAGCGAGCUCAACCUCAAGGGCCGGAUCGGUGGGGACCCAGGACUAUCCCCCCGGGGCAGGGAGUUUGCCAAGAGUCUGGCACAGUUCAUCAGUGAUCAGAACAUAAAGGAUCUGAAGGUCUGGACGAGCCAGAUGAAGAGAACCAUUCAAACAGCUGAGGCCCUGGGGGUGCCGUACGAGCAGUGGAAGGUCCUCAACGAGAUCGAUGCGGGUGUGUGCGAGGAAAUGACUUAUGAGGAAAUUCAGGACCAUUAUCCACUGGAAUUUGCCCUGCGGGACCAGGACAAGUACCGGUACCGGUACCCUAAAGGGGAGUCCUAUGAGGACCUGGUGCAGCGGUUGGAGCCAGUCAUCAUGGAGCUGGAGAGGCAGGAGAAUGUUCUGGUCAUCUGCCACCAGGCCGUGAUGCGCUGCCUCCUGGCCUACUUUCUCGACAAGGCAGCAGAGGAGCUCCCCUACCUCAGGUGUCCACUGCACACGGUCUUGAAGCUCACCCCCGUGGCCUACGGUUGUAAAGUUGAAUCCAUUUACCUGAACGUGGUGGCUGUGAACACACACCGAGAUAAGCCACAGAACGUGGACAUCUCAAGGCCCCCCGAGGAAGCCCUGGUCACGGUCCCUGCUCACCAGUGAUUGCAUCUCAGACGUCACAUCAGGCGAGAGCACUCAUCUGUUGACACGUUUAUGCCAUGUGACAGUCACUGUGAAGGAGCCUCAGAGCCACAAGCGCCUGGUGGCCCCAGGAAAACACCUCAGAUCAUCUGCUUCUUCACUGACAAUCAGCAGGGGAGGCCCAUCUGGUGCUCAAACUGGGGCAAAAAGGCAGCAGCCAGACUGCGAUGGGGGUCAGCCAUGGUGAUGGCAACUCUCUCUGUCUUGCUGUCUGAAUUGGCUUUGGGGAAGGGAACCCUAAAAUGUGGAAGUCAAAGCACUUGCUAAGCUUGGGGCAAGUCUGGAGAGCUGGACCGUCUCCCACUCCCCACUCCCUCACCCCUUGCCAGCUGCUGACAGUGCAAUACUGACUGACUGAGCCCAG